UACAGACUCCAGGCGCUGGGAACAUCGUGUGGUGCUUUGGAUAUCCCUUGGAGACGCGACUGUUUUCAGCGGCGCGGACACUGAUCUGCCCAGUGCGUUUGGCAAGAGUCCUUGUCAAUAGGAUGCGUGCGCUUUCUGAGAACAAGGAAACAACGCGGGUGAAUUGUGUUUAAUCGGUAAGAAGAAAGAAGAAAAACAGUGAAUGGGUUUUUUCGGCCUCUGGCGCGUGGUGUUUUGGUUUAAACAGCAGAUUAAAGCCAGGAUAAUCUUCAUCACAGACUGAAACAAACAGGCACAGAAAAGUUCCUAUUGGAAUAUUUGUGUAUAUUUUAAUUUUAUCACAAUAAAUAAAUAAAUAGCGCUGGGGAAAGAAAUCUAGCAUUUCAAUAACACUGACAGCGCCUUAAUUUUUUUUUAAAUGAUCGCUGCCUUCUUACGGUAAUCGCCCAUUUUGUCAAUUGUUACGGUUAUUGCUCCAUAAGCCACUUAACGCAGUACAUUAUUUUAGACUGACAACUGUUUAAAAAGGCCUCACCUAUAUAAGAUAGUGAGCGUGACAGCACGUUAAUUUAUGCAUAUAUGAAAAUCGCACUCAACGGUGCACGCCGAGCGCUUUUCUAGGACAGCCGCACAGAAGCGCUCAAUAUCUGCUGAACAUCUCACUUAACAACAUGACGGAUGGACCGAGACAAAGAGGGAGCGCAGCGCCGAGCAUCAACGGGGAUGGAGCGGCAGACUCGGGCAAAGCCGCAGGAGAGUCGUCGGUGGCGUUAAAGAAGGAGAUUGGUCUCGUCAGCGCUUGCGGUAUUAUUGUUGGUAACAUCAUCGGCUCAGGAAUCUUUGUCAGCCCCAAGGGAGUGUUGGAAAAUGCUAGUUCAGUGGGCCUGGCUCUCAUCGUAUGGAUUGUCACCGGCAUUAUCACAGCAAUCGGGGCGCUCUGUUAUGCUGAGCUGGGUGUUACUAUCCCCAAAUCUGGAGGAGAUUAUUCCUAUGUCAAGGACAUCUUUGGAGGGCUGGCAGGAUUCUUGCGGUUGUGGAUUGCUGUGUUGGUGAUCUACCCCACGAAUCAGGCAGUCAUUGCUCUCACGUUCUCCAACUACGUCCUGCAGCCUCUAUUCCCCACCUGCUUCCCCCCGGAGAAUGGUCUGCGCCUGCUCGCCGCCAUCUGCUUGUUGCUGCUGACAUGGGUAAAUUGUGCUAGUGUGCGAUGGGCAACACGAGUGCAGGAUAUCUUCACUGCAGGGAAACUUCUGGCCCUUAUUCUCAUCAUCAUCAUGGGCAUCGUACAGAUCUGCAAGGGCGAAUAUUACUGGUUGGAGCCAGCCAAUGCCUUCGAGCCAUUUCAAGACUAUGAUGUUGGUCUGAUUGCUCUGGCGUUUCUACAGGGCUCCUUCGCCUAUGGUGGCUGGAACUUUCUCAAUUAUGUCACAGAGGAACUGGUCGACCCCUAUGUGAACCUCCCGCGUGCUAUCUUCAUCUCCAUUCCCCUUGUGACCUUUGUUUAUGUUUUUGCUAACAUUGCCUACGUCACUGCCAUGAGCCCUCAGGAGCUGCUUGCCUCCAAUGCUGUCGCCGUUACGUUUGGUGAGAAGCUGUUAGGAGUGAUGUCAUGGAUCAUGCCCAUCUCUGUGGCCUUGUCCACAUUUGGGGGGGUCAACGGCUCCCUCUUCACCUCCUCUCGGUUGUUUUUCGCGGGUGCUCGUGAAGGCCAUCUCCCCAGCCUGCUGGCAAUGAUUCAUGUGAAGCGCUGCACCCCAAUUCCAGCCCUGCUAUUCACUUGCAUCUCAACUCUUCUGAUGCUGUGCACUAGUGACAUGUACACACUCAUCAACUAUGUGGGUUUCAUCAACUACCUCUUCUAUGGUGUCACUGUUGCUGGGCAGAUUGUGCUGCGGAUUAAACAACCAGACAUGCAUCGACCAAUUAAAAUCAGCCUGGUGUGGCCGGUCAUCUACCUGCUCUUCUGGGCCUUCCUGCUGAUCUUCUCCCUGUACUCAGAGCCUGUGGUGUGUGGCAUUGGUUUGGCCAUCAUGCUUACUGGUGUCCCUGUCUAUUUCUUGGGCGUGUACUGGGAAAACAAGCCGCAAUGUUUCAAUACAUUUGUUGGUAAGAUGACAUACCUGGGUCAGAAGUUCUGCACAGUGGUUUACCCGGCGGAGGACGAGAAGAAAAAUGAAGAGGGUGGAGAUGAGAUAGAGCUGAAGGAACAGUCGACUCCGCUGUCAGCAGGAGACGGGGAGAAAUCAGCUGACUGCUGAACAGACACAUGGAGACACACACUCAGUCCCUCACAUACAGGGUGCCGGUCUUAUUGAGACAGACACUGGAAAUCUGAAAUUGUUCACAUACCUCGCUUGUUUCCUUAGGCCUUUUUAUAAAGAGGGGGUUGCACCGUAGGGCAGGAGCUAAGCUCUGGAGAGAGUAAUUAACAGAGACUGGGUGCUCUUUAGUCACAUAAUUCUGCUAUAGUGGUCUUAGAAAAUGUUCAGGGUGUCUCUAGUUGCUAGUCUAUUUGCAACUGCAUUCUCUAUCAUUGGCUGUGCAACAGAAUUACAACAUUAAAAUGUUAGAUGACUCAAAGAAUACUCUAGAAUUUACAUAAACACUGUUUUGGAAAAGGAAUAAAAAUAUCGGAAACAUUCCGUUCUAUGGGAAACACUGGGAUUUAUCUUAAUCUGGGGAUUAGAAUUCCAUUCUAUAGAAUAUAGAACAUUUGAUGGUAAACUUGGCAAACAACAUCAUGGCCUAACCUGAAAUGGCAGGGUUUGUUUUAUUUAUUAAGUACAUUCUAAUGUUUUAAUUCUAACCCCUCUCAUCUGCCUCUUUAAUCCUCCUUUUUAAUUCGGGUAUUUCACACUCCUCAUUUAAAGCAUUUUUUAUAAGCCAAAGCUGUAUUUUAAAUUGUAUUGUAUUACACUAAAACACCAUUUUUGUUUAAAUAUGAUUUUGAUAUUUUUAAUUUUCUUGUAAUCAUAUUACUUUGUCAUUGUGAUACGGCUGUUAUUAUUUUUCAUUGAUUUCUCAUUGCUUUUGUUUUAAUCACUAUAUAUUGAAGGCAUAUACAGUAUAUAUAAGAACCAGUUGUGGUGGUUCAGAGUAGUUUUCUACCAGGUUACUCUGGUACGAAUACAUUUUUUUUAUUUGCCUUAAUAUUUUUUACAUAAAACUGUUUGAUGUCAUUGUAGAUGUUAUUAUCACUGUUUGAGAAUAUUUUGCUUUCUGAUAUUUUUGAUGUUAAAAAGUGUUCAACGAAAACUUAGAGGCCAAUGUGGUCAUUCUGUCUGAGCAUUUGACAGAGAGUACAACCACAGUCAGUACCCCUGAGUUCACUUUCAUUCAGCAUAAUUAUUUCAAAAGUAUUUACACAAUCGUUGCUGCAAAUUUUACGCGAAAAAAAAAAAAGGUGGUGCAUAGUGUCCGUAACGUUGACAUAUUUAAAUUGAAAAAAAAUAAAAAUAUAUAUAUAUAUAUAUGAAUGUAGUUAUAUAUUUUUUGGUCCUAUCAUUUAUUUUAAGGCAAUAAAAGUGAAAUAUGUGAAUAUUCAGAACUUGAAAUCACUCUUGAUACACUGUAUAAGCCGGUUAAAUCAGUCAUAGUAUACAAUAAAUAAUAUAUACAAAAUAAUAUACAAUCCUAAUCAUGUUGAUGGAUGAUAGAUAUUAACAGAAGUGAAAUACAAUGGACUGGAAUCAAACUAACAAGCUAUCAAAUAUAUGGUUUACUAACAGACAGGAUCCAGAUUACAUUAAAUACUGUUACUUAAUCAAACUACACACCAAAAUUAAGCAAAAGCCUUAAAAACCUUUACGAUUAUGAUUUGUUUGUUUUUUUAAAAUACUUAUAAUACACCGAUCAGCCACAACAUUAAAACAACCUGCCUAAUAUUGUGUAGGUUCCCCUCGUGCUGCCAAAAGAGCACCAACCUGUAUCUCAGAAUGGCAUUCUGAGAUGAUAUUCUUCUCACCACAAUUGUAGAGAGUGGUCAUCUGAGUUACUGUAGACUUUGUCAGUUCAAACCAGUCUGGCCAUUCUCUGUUGACCUCUCUCAUCAACAAGGCAUUUCUGUCCACAGAACUGCUGCUCACUGGAUGUUUUUUGGUUUUGGCACCAUUCAGAGUAAAUUCUAGAGACUGUUGUGUGUGAAAAUCCCAGGAGAUCAGCAGUUACAGAAAUACUCAAACCAGCCCAUCUGGCACCAACAAUCAUGCCACGGUCCAAUUCACUGAGAUCACAUUUUUUCCCCCAUUCUGAUGGUUGAUGUGAAAAUUAACUGAAGCUCCUGACCCAUAUCUGCAUGAUUCAACAGAGAAUGACCAGACUGGUUCAAACUGACAAAGUCUGGUAACUCAGAUAACUGCUCUGUACAAUUGUGGUGAGAAGAAUAGCAUCUCAGAAUGCUAUUCUGAAAUGAGGGUUGGCACUCUUUUGGCGGCACAAGGGGGACCUACACAAUAUUAGGCAGGUGGUGUUAAUGUUGUGGCUGAUCAGUGUAUGUAGUAUGUUUCUGCAAGAUAAAUGCUCAGUUGAAGAGUAUGUACAGUAUGCAAGUCACUGUUGUACAUAUAACUGCAUAAGGCUUUUUGUGGUCACAGGGUCUUUUUAGUGUGCCUCUGUAUUGAUGUCACACCUUUAACCACCCAAUACUUGUUAAAAAAAUUGUUAUAAAAACUAUAGAAAAAGUGCCAAUUGUUUUUUGUUUGUUUGUUUGUUUGUUUGUUUUUUGGCUGAUCUGUAAUGUGUAGGUGCUGUAUAAAAAGCAAUAGAAUAUAUAGAUCACAGUGUAAUUCAUUGCCAUUUUGCAUGAGCUUCUUCCCCCCAACAUUCCUGAGACUGUAUAACAUCAAAUCAUAACCUUCCCCCAACACAGUAAGCACUGCCUUUUUGAUAGUUCCUCUCUCCUAUUCAGAUUACAGCAAGACCUGUCAUUAUCAGUACAGUUAAUUAAAUACUGACUGCAUACAGUAAUUUUGAUAAUAAUCUUUGAUAAUUGUAUGUAACUUUCUAGUUUUGCUGCUCCUGAGCUCUGCCUCAGUAUUCAGCACUGCCUGUUGUGUUGCAAAUGCAAUAACACAAUGUCUAUUUUAUAUAGAUAAUGUAACUUUGACUGUGCUAAAAUUACAGGCUUUCAUAUUGGCAGUCCUGAUGGGUUCAGACUUUCUAAGCCCACACACAUUCUAGAACAGGUGAUACUGAAAGCCAUACAAAAUGGGUUUUCUGUAUAUUUUACAUAUGAUUGUCAUCAGUAACAAAUUAUUGAUACAAUAUUUGAAUGUCCUUGUCACAUCUAUAUAACUCUAUUAUUGAAUGACCUAUAUAGAUUAUAUUAAUAUUUAAAUAUUUACAGUCUGAAUUAAUAAAGAAUUUAAAGUUCAAAUUACCACUAUUCAUAACUGGGGGUGAACGGUUUCUAGCAGAGUUCUCUUGUUUCUUAUAAGUUUUGUAUUUGUUUUAAUAUAUAUUAAAAGAUAAAUAAAUAUAUAUGCUGAGCCAAAAAAGAUCUGGGUGUUUUGCUAUGCACACAUUAAAGGGGUAGUUCACCCAAAAAUGAAA